GGGUUCGUGCCCCCCCUCCUUAUCUCCAGGGUCCGUGCCCCCCCUUAUCUCCAGGGUGCGUGCCCCCCACAUCUCUGUGCCCUUUCAUGUGGCCCCCAGCCUCCUCUCCCUGUUGGCCCCCAGAGCUCAGGUUUGGUCCUCUCCCCAGUCUCUAGUGAGCGCCCCCCCCCACCACCGUCUCACCACGAGUCCCACGCAGCCAUCGCUCCUGGUGGGCCAGAGUAGAGGGUGUAGUGCAGAGAUAUGCUCUACCCUGGAGGAUAAGGUCCCUGACAUGGAGGCCCCACCACAUGUACCCAGGAGCCGUCCUGGGCCCCGUCUCCCACACAGACGCUCAAAGGCUCAGAGGGACCGACAGAGGGGCCCUUCACCUGCAAACUCCUUAUCUUCAAGUCCGGAGCCCGUGAUCUGGCCACGCCCACAGCGCAAGAAGAAAAGGCGGAAGAGAGGUGAUGAAAGCGCCAUCCUACGGGAAGAAGACCUCAUCGAUGGCUUCUGUAUCAGCAGCUAUGGUAGCCUGGAGGCCAUGCAGAGAGAUGUCACCAUGGAGUCUGCCCCUCUGGAAGAACCCUACAGAAAACGACCCCCGGGAAAGAGAAAGAGAAGUGAUGGAGGCAGCUCGGAGGACCCUGGGGCCAGUGAGAACCAACCUGAAGAGCGGGCACACAAGAAGCAGAAGCGGCACUGCCCUGAUGUCGGCUCCAUGAACAGAUGUAUGCGAGCCUCUGGCCAUGAACAUGACACAAAUCUGGACUGUCUGCGCUGCUGCCUGGACGCAGGAUACAUUUGUGAUGCGGAGAGUAGCUCCGAGGAGCAGGUUCCCGGUGAUGAUCUGGCCGUGUCCUUCACAAUCUCCACAAGCACAGUGUCUCCGCCCCUCUCCGGAGGUCGGGUGAAGUUGACCGUUCUUGCCCCAAUGUCUGGUUUGGGUAGAAGCUGUGAGAAGAGUCAGGAGCCUGAGAUGGAGCCUACCCCUCCCCCACCGCCUGCUCCUCCUGUGGCUCCAUCACAGGAUCCUCCUAGAGCCUCCCCCAAAGUGGAGCCUGUGCCCGUCCAGCUGACACCACCGCCUCCCACCGUGGGGCAUGGGGCUAGUAGCCGGAGUUCAGUCCCGAAGCCGCUGUCUGCUCCACCUCCUGCUCCAGCCCAGAGGCCGACGACCCCCUCUAUAUCUCUGGUCCGUCCACACGGGCCCCCACCGCCCUGCCCUCCGUCCUGCGUCCUCCUCAUCAUCACAUGAAUCUAUUUGCCCCCACUCAGGCCCUCCCUCCCCCACCCCCACUGCUGCAAGUCCCCUCCGGCCAUCCUCCCCCGGCCGUCCUAUCUG